UUUUUAAUUUAUAAGCCCAUCUUUAGCCAAGUUUGUACAGAGACAGUGACAAAAGUAUCAGAGUGCCCUAGUAAUACCAGUGAAUACGAGAAAAGGGCAUCAGAAAAAUGUUCUAAAGCAUGUGGAAACUCUGAGGGAGACAUUAGGUACAAAUAUCAUUGUAUGUUGGAUUCCACUCAUAACGAGCUAUUGGAAAUGUGUGCCAUUCCAAAAUACCUUUUUGACUAUUGCCCAGCAAUUGAUCGAAAGGGUCAACGAAUCCAGAAAGAUGAAUCCAGGCCUUGCAGCACUAGUUCUUCCAGGACUUAUUACAACUCUGAUGAAUUGUUUUUUUGUGAUCUUACCAAUUGCCUGGAAUCACCUACCAGUACUACAAGUGACAGCUCUAGUGAAAAACCAGAUAUGACCAGAACACAGAUGUCUAAUGGGGAAAUUUCAUAUCUUCAUUUUGUAUGGGUGGCUAUAGUUGCAAUAGGUCUGAAUAUUGGCCUUAUCUUUUGGAUAUGGAAAAGACAACAAAGCAGGGAAUCUUCCGAUUGUCCUCAAAUUCCAACACCUGAGGAGAAUAGAGGAUCAGUUGGACCUCUGCUUGAAAAAGAAUCUUCCGAUUGUCCUCAAAUUCCAAUACCUGAGGAGAAUGGAAGAUCAGAUGGAUCUCUGCUUACAAAAGGUGUAUAAAUUGUAUCAAUUGUCUACUACAUGUUUAUGUAUAUAGUGUAAAACAAUUUAUACCAGAAUUUAGUUGCCAGUGAUUGAUGAUCAGAUAUCCAUCUUAAACAAACAUAUUUCCGUGUCUUCACUUAACUUUUUACUCCAUUUAAGUUAUGCAGUGAAGAUGGGUCCAUUAAAUUUAAAUGAUCUCACUAAGUAAUAUCACAGUACCGGUAUGUAUAUUAUUGCACCAAUCUUUUAAUAUUCAACCAUAUUAAUAAUGCAUGUAAAGCUCAAAAUACUGUUCAUGUUUGUAUAUAUACGUUGUACAUAUUGUAUACACAAAAAUAGUACAUAAUUAUGAAAUGAUA